UUAAAAACUUACUAAAAAGAUUUUACUAAAGGAAUUACGAUCCGGCAACGUUCACUGACCUUUACUUUUAUCCCUUUUAUUUUGAUGACAUUUAUCAUUUAUCGACGAAAGAAACAAAUACCAAAACAAAACUAGUCACGCACGUGGACACCGACAAUUUUUGUAAAAAAUACAAUUUUCGACUCAAUCUGGAAAUUAAAUCUACAAAAAAAACAUCAAAUAAAAUAUCUGGUUAAAAAAUGUCUACAGGUACCCAACGUCCCAGGUUGUAUAUGGACGAGUACAAGUUGAAGCAGGAUCCACACGAUUAUGGACUAGCUGAUGAACCAUUUAACUUGGAAACUUUUAAAAACAAGUUCCAAAUAGUUGUUGUAAAAUACGAUGGCAACGAAAUGGAGUUUUAUAUGAUUGGUGUCCAUCCGGGCAUAGCAAACGCGUUCCGUCGUCUUAUGCUCAGCGAAGUGCCUAGUAUGGCUAUUGAAAAGGUGUACAUUUAUAAUAACACAUCAAUUAUUCAAGAUGAAGUGCUAGUACCCCGCUUGGGUCUCAUUCCGCUACGCGCAGACCCUCGACGCUUUUUGUAUAAAACCGAGGAGAGUGGUGAUCAAGGAAAUGAACAUGAUACUUUAGAAUUUGAUUUGAAGGUAAAGUGUACGCGUCGCAAAGAUGUAAAGGAUUCAUCAAACUUCGACACCAUCUACAAGAACCACAAGGUUUAUUCCGGUCAAAUAAAAUGGCUACCAAAGGGCAAACAAUCGCAACUUUUCAGCGAAACAGAUGUUGGUUAUAUACAUGAUGACAUACUGAUUAAUCAAUUGCGUCCGGGACACGAAUUGGACUUGCGUCUAUUGGCUGUGAAGGGUAUUGGAAAUGAUCACGCAAAAUUUUCACCAGUAGCUACUGCUUUCUACAGGCUGUUGGCGGAAAUUAUAUUGAAUCGCAGAGUAGAGGGCAAAGAAGCAUUUCUGUUGCAAAAAUGUUUCUCUCCCGGUGUUAUAGGAAUCGAUGAAAAUGACUGUGCCUAUGUGAAAGAUGCACGCUAUGAUACAUGCAGCCGUAACGUAUAUCGCUAUCCGCAAUUGGAAGAUGCAGUAACAAUGGCACGUGUACGUGAUCACUAUAUAUUUAGUGUUGAAUCUGUAGGAGCACUUAAGCCUGACGUGAUUUUCAUCGAAGCCGUGAAGGUGCUUAAAGAAAAAUGUCGGAAAUUCUUAGAGGAGAUUGAAGCAGCGUAAAAAUUUAAAAGUUAUUGUAUUAUUAAAAUUAUUAACAUAAGUUUUGCGACAAAUCUUUUUUUUUUUUUUUGUGGGUUUAAGUUACUCUCGUUCCCUUCUUAGUGGUAGGAGAGAAUUAUUGGGCCCGUUCUAAGAAUUACAGCGCCAUCACCAAUUUUGCACUUGAAGUGCUUUCUUUUAAGGGUAUUUAUACUAUUAAUAACCCAACAAGCAAAAUAAACUUAAAGAAAGUUUUUUCGAAGUUUUCAAUUAUAAACAUUAAGCUUACA